AUGUGUGCUUUAAGGGAUAAUUAACAUUUUAUAUAUAAGUGCUACUUACACCAAUAUAAAAUGAUAUGAUUACUAACGAUAUGAGUACUUAUAUUUAAAAAAGUUUUAGCCGGUGAAAAUGCGCCCACCGUAGCUCCGUAGCGCGUAGUCGCGUAGGUGAAUCUGUAGGGCGGGCGCCGGUUCCGGAGCGCGGGGCGCGCGUGCGUGCGUCAGUCGGCAGUCGGCGGCAGCGCGCGUCGCAUCUGUCGGGCUCGCGGCAUCCGCCCGGCAUGCGGGACAGCGUCGCUCGGUCUCCACAUCCAACGUGUAUUUACCACCGCGCGCCCAAGUGCCGUGGGCAUGCUGGGCGCGCGGCUCAAGUCAUGGAUGGAAGCGCAGCUGGGCCGGGCGAAGAAGCGCAAGCAGAAGCAGUCGCGUUUGACCUCGGGCGCGGCUACCGCCACCGGCCCGCUGCCGCCGCCGCACCUGUCCUCUCCGGAGAGCGCGUACAGCACGGGCUACUCCACAGAUGGCACGUCACCGGGCGCACCACCUACCACACUCGCAGCGCCGCUCGUCGCGCCUCCGCCACCGCCAGAUCCGCCUACCACCCAUCUCUACCAUGAACCUGCUAAGCGUCGUUCCACGGCAAGCAUUCCAGUCCGACGUGUACCAGACCCCCCAGUGAUAUGCGCGACCCCGUCCCCACGGCCCCGCUGUCGCAUCCGGACCAACCCAUGGCUGGGGGCGACGUCACCUAGUCGCCGGAGAUGCCCUCAACUUCUGCAGCAGCAGUCGCUGCAGUGUCCCCAGGCAACGCCGCAGUUGCACCACGCGCCGUAUUCUCUUGAUUCGCAACACGUUCGAUAUGGAUCCAGAUCGCCACACCUAUCACCUCAUCUAUCACCAGAACCAACCAGAUCCAAUUACUACCGCGGCGGUGCAUCAAGCGACGAGGAAUGUCGUGGGAUGAGACCUCGCGGGAGAGAGACAGCAAUACUCUCUGAUGCUGACGUGGACUCGGACGGAGACACAGGACUCGACGGCGGUGAUGAGGACGAGCCUGAUGAAAUGGCUUCUCCUGGGCGACGGCGCGCUCGAAGGAGAAGACCGCCGCGCCGCCCGCCGCGAUCCGCAGGAGCAACUCCACCACGAGCUCGGCGCAGGAACCACGCUCCUUCGGCACCUCCCGUGAGGGAAAGGGAUCCACUUCUAGAAGCAGAUAGAGAGGCGGAAAGAAAAUACCGAGAGCUAAUCAGAGAGGCGGAGAAAUUGCUUGUCACAGUGUCAAGAGCGCCUCUGGAACCCCCGCAUAAUCCACGAGUUAGGGAGCUCAGAGCGACCGAGGUGGAAGCGCCCCGCCGCAGUCCGGAGCGCACGCACGUGACGAACUUCAUCCGCGCGAACUCGCCGGAGCAGCCGCGGCGUCACUCGCCGGUGGCGCGGCGGUCGCCCCUGGCCGCGCCCGCGCCGCCGCCCGUGUCGCGCGCCGCGCCCGCGCACGCGCCCGCCGAGCGCCCGCACUCAGAGCCGCCCAAGCGCAAAGCGUAUGCGAGGGAUGAGGUACUACAAACCCUGGAGGGCUUGCGCAAGAGUCUGCAGCAACAGUCGGCGCUGCUGGCGGUGCAGCGCACGCGCCUGGAUUCUCUAUAGCCACUACCCCGUCCCCGUGUUUAGUUCCAUAGCCCCCAUAGUACCUGCGUUAGUGAGGCCGUUUGCUAGUGUAUCAAUAGCUUAUUUCCAAAGAAUAGUGUGUUAAGUGAUUGUUUAUAAUUCCUUUAAGAAGUGAAUAUUUUUUAAUUUAGGAGAAAUGUGAACACAGUAUUCGUACAGCAAUCUUCGUGCCAUAUUAUGUCAUAUUUGUGCAAUAACUAGCGUUGUCGCCUAAUUAUUAAGCGAAAUCUAUUAAUAUACAUAUGCUACAUUAAAAAUACAGUUAUAAUUUGGCAGAUUUUAUCAAAUAAAGCAAAAGCGUACUAGCAAUGUGUGUUGUGGAAAUACAUGUUGUUCUCCUAUCUUACGAUUGAGUUGAUAUUUUGUAUAAACAGUAGGUACUAGGUAUAUAUAUAUUUAUAAUUUCAAUGAAGCAAUCGAUUUUUAGGUGUAAUCCCUAGAUAUUUGUCAAUUUUGAGACUGAUUUUGUUUUCGCAAACGGCCAGUAGUUCCAUAUCCGUGUCUAGUCCCUCCAGUCGUAGUCCACGGUGUAGUCUAGUCGUAGUUGUUAUCGUUUCGUGCUGCUUAGGCGAGACCACUUUUAUUCUCUUCCAAAUACUCAUAGCGUUAAUUUAUUAGUGUAGUUAGUAGGUGUGCAAGUUGUUUGUGCUAAAGUGGCAUGUGUUUUGCAUAAUCUAUGGAAAUUUUGUGGAACUAGUGUUGCUAGUUCAAAUAAAUAAAAUUAAUUUCAAAAUCUGGCAAAGUAAUAAAAACUGCAAUGAAUAAUAUGCAGAAAGAAUCCAUGAUCAAUAAAAUAUUAUUAAAUAUUAAAACAAUUAAUUUGAUGGCUUUUAUAUGGCCUACUUAGUACCAAACAUUAUUGAAAAAUAUACUAGUAAAUGAAAAAUAAAUUGCACAUUUUAUAGGCACAGUCAAAUAAAAUCUAAGUCUGGAAUUUGGUCCCGAUAUGGUGAUUGCCUCGUCCCCAAAGACAUCAUGGGACGGAACACACUUGGCUAUAGUUAGGUGUACUGGUAGCACCUCGGUCCUCCACCGAUAAAGAAACGAUGAGUGUGUAUAACACCAUUUGUAAACAUGAACCACAUUUGUCCACAAACAACUACACAACACAGGUUAAAAGUUCAGAUGUAGCUAUUGUACUCGAGUAGCGCCGUAGUGUUAGCAAUAGCGUGCGGUCUCUAGCUCUAGGCAAACAGUGGCCAAGGUGUAUGAAGACUGCGUUAUUAUCUAACAUUUAACUUGUGACCAGUUUUAGUAGCAUUCAAAUUUUCAAAUGUUACAUUUUAAAAAAACUGGCAACACUUGUCUAAGGAUGGUUGUAGUACAAGGUUUGUAAGCAUGAGAUUUAUACUUAUUGAUUUUGCUAUUCAUAUUUCAUGGGUAUUAUGAACAAACUUGCCAGUAACAUUGUGAUGGAUUUUGAAUGCUACUAAAAUAUCAAGUUUAAUAAUAUUUAUUAACUAAAUAUACAAUGUUUACUCGUUAUGAUAUUGUGCACUCUCGGAUGGUGUUUGGAAUUUUGUUUUAAAAACGUCAUAUCAAACGUAUUUAGAUUGAUUCAAACCAAAAAAUAUAUUUUAAUGUUACCUUUGUCAUAUCAUGAAUUAAAACUACUUAUGUUAGAAUUUUAUAACCAGAGUUACUUUUACAUUGAUUUAUGAUUGAUAAUAUUUAUAUUUUGAUUAAUAACUGUGAUUCUUUUAAUUAAUUAGUAUUUUAUAACCACAGUUACUUUUACAUUGAUUUAUGAUUGAUAAUAUUUAUAUUUUGAUUAAUAACUGUAAUUCUUUUAAUUAACAUCCAUAUAAAUAGGUAUUAUAUAAUAUAUUGUUCUCAAUGACCUAAUAAGGAGUAAAUAUAUUCGUACCUAUCUAAUAAAAACCUUUAUUAUUGAAUUUAUUCAAUAAUUCCAAACAACAGUCGGGCAGUGAGGGUACCCAUGUAUUGGGAUCCCGUAUUUUUGUUAGCGCAAUUUUAGAGGGAAACGUGCAAUGUAUGCGAUCCUCUUCAGCUAAAUGUAAAUAUUUAUCCAUUGUACUUGUUUAUUGUAAGUAUAAAUAAGAUUUAUACGUUUAGUUGAAUUUUCAUUAAAAUAUUAUU